AUGGAUAAGCAGUUUACAGCUCAACCGGAAAAUGUGACAGCGAGGGUCGGCCAACCGCUGACGAUCCCUUGCCACAUCAGCUCCGGCCCUUCAGCCAACAUCACCUGGACCAAGAAUGGUGCCACCGUGCCAAUAGAUUAUAGAUAUUAUUUCCUAGACAACGAGUUGCUCAUCAUAGAUGUUCAAAAAGAAGACGCAGGGGUUUACAGAUGUAUCGCAACAAACGUCAACGCGAACAAGACCCGCACCAGUCGUGAAGGUCGGGUGACAGUCGAGGACUCCAUCGAGGCAGAACCCUUGUUCCUCACCGUACAGCACGAGAACCACACCGCAGUGCCCAGGGGGGGUAGCGUCCGCCUGUUCUGUCCAGUGUUGGGGUGGCCUAGACCAAAGGUGAUAUGGGAGCGAACGCCGCCUGGCGGAAGAAGAAGUGAGCUGGAGUCAACGGAGGAGGUCUUGGAACUUUCUGACUUGGAAUAUGAUCAGGAAGGGAUUUACACGUGUUCGGUCGAAGGACACAGCGACUUAGUUAAGACCUUCAAUGUAACUUUGACGGAGCCAGUGCGGAUAACUCUACCACCUUUGCCGAAAGAGGCCAUGCGAGCGAGUACAGUACGAUUCAACUGUACCGCUGUUGGGAGACCGGAGCCUGAGGUCACGUGGUACAAAGACGGACAGCGGUUGACGUUCGCUGGACGGAUUAACUUACGAACGUCAGCUGAUAAGAAGCGCAUCGAGUUAGUGAUAAGUGGCGCCACCUCCAACGAUGCAGGAGUGUACCAGUGCUUCGCCUGCCCUGGCGGCAGGGGCGGGCGGUGCGCGUCCCGCUGGGCGCGGCUGGCGGUGCGCGGCGCGGGCGCGGAGGCGCCGGGCGCGGUGCGCUGCGCCCCCGCCGGCGCCGCCGCCGUGGCGCUGAGCUGGGCGCCCGCCGUGCCCCUGGACACCGCCGCCGUGGCCGCCUACACCGUCGACGCCACGCUCACCGACGAGCACAGCACAGCGGUUACUGGACAACCUCACCGUAACACCGAAGAGGUCGUCAAAGUAAGAGAGCCAUUGAAGCCAUACAUAUUUCAAGUGCGUGCAUAUAUCUCGUCGCCAACGAGCAAGUACAUAGCAAGCGACAUGUCGGAGAGCGUUAUAUGUCAAGGACAAGGGGUUCCAAUAAAACUGACGAAGCUGCAAGACGACAAAGUGCUGGUAUCUUGGAAGCAAUUCUCAGACCAAACCCCAGGAGUAGCGCAGUGGAUCCUACAGUACCGACAUGAGAACGGGACCCAUGACGAAGAACACAACAUCACUUUAGCUGCUAAAGUCACUAACUAUACGUUAACAGCUCCUGACUCAUCACCUCUUCUGGUGAGGCUCUUAGGCUCCCGGACCCAGGAGUGGUUACAGCAAAACCUUACGCUGGUGCCCUGGUCAUCUACGACUACAGCGAGCUUAGACGACGACGGCGAGGUAACAGUGAUACCGCAAGAUCUGGAAGUGACUGAGAUUGGAGAGACUUGGUUCACUCUGAAGUGGCGCUGUGAGGACGCUUCGAGAUACAUUUUCAUGGUUUGCGUGCGACGAAUCGAAGGCUACGAUGAUUGUCAAGAGAGCUCUAAAACUACAACAACUAUUGAAGGCCUUCAACCUAAUACUGUCUAUCAAGUCCGGGUUCAAGUUCGAAUCCCUGGGCGUGUCCGUGGAAGUGCUUUUACGAAACCGUACACUGUUACCACACAGCCUGAAGGUCCGCAGCGCUUGAAGGAGCUACAGUACAAGUUCGUGAACUCGAGCGCGCUGCUGGUGUGGUGGCGCGGCGCGGCGGCGCGCUACACCGUGAGCCACAGCGCGCAGCUGCGCCUGCCCGUCGACCGCUGGGCGGCGCAGGAGACGCGCGAGCCCUCGGCGCUGAUAACCGGUAUCGAGCCGACGGAGCAUACGUAUGUGAUGGUGACUGCUUACGAUCCGACGGUCUACAGCCCCAUUUUAAAUGUGCCACCGCUCACGAAGGAAAUAGGUAAAGUCAAAUUCAUCGCAUAUAAUCUUUGGUUAUCUUCUGCAGAUAUAAAGGAUCUGAAGUACGAGUACACCGACACGGGUCUGCUGGUGUGGUGGGAUGGAGCGGGCCCCCGCACCCUGAGAUACGCGCAGAACAUCACGACGCCUCUGGACGAUUGGACCGUGGUCAACGUCACCGAGCCUCGCGUUGAGCUGGCGGCGGACCCGCGCCGGCCGGUGUUCGUGUCGCUGGCGGGCGCCGUGCGCACGCUGGCGCCGCGCCCGCCCCGCCCGCCCCGCGCCGCCCACCGCCAGCUCUACCUCGGUUUGGGUGUGGCGUGUGCACUACUGGCCGCGGGGGCUUUGGCGAUCGUUUUGAGGAAACUGUGGGUCAAGCGAGCACGCAGAGCAAGGAGGACGCCCGUCGCGACAGCUGAAGGACAGGAAGAAGAGGGCUCUGAAAUGAAGUCAAAAACACCAAACGGAAGAAUGAAAAAUUGUCGUCGGACCGAACAAUCGUACGACGUGUUCGACAUGUCGCGGCCCGAGCUGGACGUGACCGUGGAGACCGCGCUGGACGCCAGCGAGCGCCUCGAGCUCUCCGACCUCGGCGACCUCGGUGACCUCGGCGACCUCGGCGAUCUCUCGGCGCUGGACACCUCUCGGCCUCGGGACGACCUCUGCCCGAGACAAAAGCUGGAUGACAAUAUGAACGCCUUCCGCGUCGACGGCGGCGAAGUCCAGCCCACGCUUCAGCCCAACGGCUGA